UGUGUCAAAGACCCCAGGUCCUCAGCCAAGCACAAACGAGUGCCAAAAAUCAGUACAGCAUCCAAAUAUGACCUACACGCAUGUUGAACUAGAAACAUCAACAACUGAGAUUUCAGAGAAACUGAAAAUUUAUGAAGAAAGGUUGCGGGCAAUUGAAGAAAUGCUGGUGUGCAGCAUUUGUUGGGAAGUGGUGCAACGGCCACAUACUCUGGUUUGUGGCCAUACCUAUUGUACACACUGCAUAUGGAAAUGGGAACAGCGUCAAAAACACGUUGGAAGAGAGCCAUGGUGCCCACAAUGUUUGAUAUGCUUUAAUUCAACCAGGCUGCUACUUGAUAAUUCAAGAGGGACUAAAAGUGAAGUGAAACCCUAUCCACAAAAUGUGAUGUUAGGACAAGUUACACAAGUUGUUUUUUCUGAUAAGCUCUCCACCAGUGAAGAACCAGGUGGAGAUUCCAGGUUCAAGGUAUUGGACGGAGAUCAGGCAGCCUCAUCCUCCAGUGGUGUCAUAGACGAUGAGAUCGAGGAAACUGAAAGUAUACUCGGGCCUUUGCUGGGUUCCAUUGUGUUUCUUUAUGUAUCUAUAUCAAUAUUUACAUAUAUGUUUUCCUCAUGGCAGCGGCCAGGGACUUCCCCCAGCAAGUAAGAAUGCGGUCCUUGGUUACUGAACUAAAUAAAAUAAUAAUACGC